UUAAUUCUUAGAUUAGCAGUGACCUCACAGCUUGUCCUUCCUCGUAUCGAAGGCCCAAGGUGACAGAGUAGGGUCAGACUGAUCGUGCCAUCACAUACUCAUAAUCAAAAGACCCUGAAUGCUUGAUUACAUCGUUUUUUUUUUUUUCUCUUUUUUUUGUUGGUCGGCUCCCCCUCCCCUCCCCUUCUCUUACCCGGUCAAUGGCAAUAAGUGCACCUUCGGUCGGCAGGUAGAAGAUCGUCAUGGUGACCCCUCUGUCCACCACCGAUGCUAUCGCCUCAAUCGGAGUCUUCCGAGUUCAUUCGUCUUUGCUGGUCUGUUCUCCGAGCUGAAUCCGAGGGGAAUUCCAAAAAUAAGGGUAGAAUCGGUAGACACAAGAGAUUUCAUAAUGCCGAAUCUCGAAAAGGGCAAUAGGCCGAACCGGAAAAGCCGCACUAUCCUGUAGCGAGCGAUAGUGGCUUUAUCCAUCUUCCACGCGCAUCGACCCGUGGCUCCGUUGUCUCCGUUCCAUGAGCCUUCCGGAAGAUUCACCUCUA